UUCCGCUCUCUUCCCUCCCCUGAACUAUUGGGUAGUGACAGAUGUCAAACACGAAUGUCAAAUACCUAACAAAAGCAGUAAGAUAGACAACUGGCCGAACGCUUCUAUCCUCAAAAGAGAUUGCUUCGAAAACAUACGACAACAUGAAAUAAUUAAACAGCGGCAACCGCGUAAAUAAUUUACUGCGUUCGCAUCAUAACUUUGUGAUAACAUUAGUAUGCGCAUCGAUAUAAUAUAACUGGGCGCGUGUGGGUUUGCGGUGACUCGUGUCAUUGAUAUUGAUUUCUUUUAUUUUCUGAGAGAACAAUUAUAAAAAUGAUUUAGCCGGAUCAUGUGUGCUUUGGACCAUUCGUUGAACGAGUGACUGUUAAAGAGCAGUUAAUAACGAAUAAUAUGUUUGGAGUCGAAAGCGGUAUGUGAUAAUGUGCGGACAAAAUGAAAACUAAGAGCUUUUUGCUGUUUUCGACGUCGGUAUUUGCAAUAAGUAUAUUUCUCAUAGUGUUCCACUCGCAGCCUCCGCAGUCUAUUCAAAGUAUUGUCACGCAAACACAUCAACAUCUUAAGGAUUUUCAGGCAUCAUUGUCCCAGCAGGAGAACUUGCGGGAUGUGGAGGAAAACCACCUGGUGCAGGAGGAACAGUACUCUCGGCUGCUGGGGCUAGACGGCCACCAAGAGCUGUGGCACAACACCACACUGCCUGCCCUCGUGACUUACGCGCGCAACGACGCGCACGCUGAGGCUGUCAGCUUCAUCCGUGCCGCUGCUAAGCUGCCCUACACAGUGCUCCUCUACAAUCUAGGAUUAAAGCCCUAUUCAUUGUCGGUGGUUUCCAACUACUGCAACUCUUCGAAAUGUGCCAUUAUCGACCUGGAUCUGGAAACCUUCCCGUCGCAUGUAAGCGAUGAGAGCAUACACGCUGUACGCCCGCUCGUCAUCCAGCACGCUUUAAGCCGUGUGGGCGGCGUGAUAUUCUGCGAGGCGUCACAGCGAUGGACGGGCACGCCGGCCGAGCUGGGCGAGCUGUGGUCGCGCGCGGCGGCCGGCGGCGGCGUGCUGGCGUGGCCGCGCCGCGCCGCCGUCACCAGCCUCACGCACCCGCGCAUGUUCCACUACUUCCACGCCACCAUCGACGACUUCCUCUUCGUGCAGAUGAUGGACGUGACGCGGCUCAUCGUCGUCAACAAGCCCUCCGUGGUGGAAAUCAUGCGCCCCUGGAUACAGUGCGCGCUCACUCUCGACUGCAUCAUGCCUAUAGGUGCACAGUCGGUAGGCUGCAGGUUCGAUAAGAAGCCGCAGUACCGGUACUCGGGCUGCCACGGGCAGGACGCGUCUGCGUUGAGCAUCGUGCUGGGACUGCGCUCGGGCUUCGAGGAGUCGGCGUACGUGGUGCGCGCGCGGGCCCGCUGGCGCAGCGUGAGCGCGGCGGCGGCGCGCGCCGAGCUGCGCCAGCUGCAGCGCAACUCCACGGAGGACUACCGCACCGACCACGCCGCCGCCGCCGACGCGCUCACGGCGCACGCCGCCUGAGCCCGCCUCGUCCGCCGCGGACACGACGCCGCCAGUUAGGGUUAAGAUAAAUAACUAUUGGAUAUGUUAGUGAGACCAAAUCUUUACAUUAUUUUAUAUCAUUCCAUUCGAUGAAAAUACGCCAAAUAGAUAAGAUUUUGUUGUUUGAAUUUCGAAAAUUCGUAUUGGUUCAGAAAUUAGUGAGACAUGUUUACUAGAGUAAGUAGGAGGCAUCAUUCGUUGAGUCGAUACAACCCUAGAUAAUGUUGAGUAUGAGUAUUAGCAACUAUUCAUUUGCCAUAUUGGGUACAAAGUAAUAUUGUUUUAGUAUAUUCGGAGCCUGCGAUAAUUAUUGUAAUGUUACCUUUGUCAAUUGUUUCUAUUGUCGAAAUUCUAAAUGUGUAUAACAGUAUUGUUUGUUACUGAAUAGUUUCGUUACAGCAAUGUAUUUGCUACCUUCAAAAGGUGCAGAGCGCGAGUGGAUGCGAGUUACUUGUUGUUUACCAUUUAUUUUGUAGUUGUAGUAUUAUUUUAUUCGGUAAUGAUUCGCGUUUCGAGCGAGAUGGGUGCUGACCGAGGUGGCAGCGGAGUGAUGACUGAAGGCGGGUACCGGUCGUGUCGCAGCCCUGCACUAACCAAGUACAAAGUAGCCGUGUAACGAACGAACGAGAUACUGUCGCCAGCUGUGAAAUUAUUUACUAGGAACAUAUUUUGUGUAGAUUGAGUUGUACAUAAGUUUGUACAUUAGACGUUAGUAUGUAAAGUAGUGCUACAUGUUUCGUAAUUAUUGUUAGUUUAGGUUGGCGGAGCACGCCGGCCGUGUGACGGCCCGUGUCCAGUGUUUGAUAGCGACGUUAGCGUUAAUGCAUCGAUACUCAUUAGUUAUAAUUUAUACGUGAGCCUUUUGUCGAGCAAUAUUAUACGUUACGGUAAGGACACAGUAUCACGUGCUACACUGCGCAGGCGCAACAUACGGGCGACAUUCGAUUAUUGGCUCAAAUAUUGAAGACAUGUAGGUUAAACUAUUUAUUUGGGAUUCAUUGAAUUUUAACAAAUAUUUCUGUGAAAACAAAAUGCUACAAUUUAUAAAGCAACCCUACUUAUUACGGGCGUUACGUUGUUAGUAUUAACGUACUCAAGAUAUUUCAACUGUUGAGCAAUCAAACCAGUACCAGUGCCUGUGUAACAACGGGUACUGUGCGUACUGCUAAGUAUUUUGAUACAAGAUUUUGUCAUAUUACAUUAUAUUCUUUCUUAUUGAUGUAUACUUUUAUACAAAAUGUCCACCGAGUGAAUAUGUUGCGAUGUUUCCGAGCUCACAUGUGGCGACAUCGCCCGGCGAGCGAAUGCGUCAGUCCAUGUAAGGUGGGACGCAACGAACGGUGCAUAUCGGUGAUUUAUUUUGAAGUAUUUUGUGAUGACUCCAGGUUUGGUUGUGAACUGCUAUCAAAGCUAGUCGUGUACCUGCAUGCACGACCUACUUAGUUCGCCGCAUCCAAUGUGAUAUACUUAAGUAUUUAUUAGAAGCGUGUGUGAGUGCGACGUCGGUGCCGAAGGACGAGUACACGCUGCCCAAACGAGGCAGUGCGAGUGCUGGACAAUAUGUUAACUGAUUUUUAUAUUGCCCUCAUAUAUCAUAAUCAACAUCAACUCGAAACAAUCAAAACAUGCAGUCGCUGUAACUCAUGUAUAAGUAUUAAACCAUAUUGUAAUAAGAUUGUAUCGAAGCACAUUUAUCUACCAUAGCUGUGUCACAUUUUUGUAAAGAUUUAUACAUAUUUAUUUUGAGAUUGAUCGCAUAUACCUGAAGCCUCUAAUGUAAGGAUCUCACGGCAACUUAACGCAGCUUAAAUUAAGUGUACCUAUCUGUAAUCACGACCAACAUGUACAUAAGUUUAUAAAGUUUUUACUGUAACUUGAUACUGGAAACUGCAAAUUGUUCAAAAUUUCUUCACGUUAUCUUUGAGUUUGUCGCAGCUAGUAAAAAUAAGAAAUGUGAAUUCAAUCAGAAGUAACAUAAAUGCGUAGGUAAUUCCGUUUAGAGACAACGAAAGACGCGUUGACCCGUAGUGUACUCCUCUCUGUAAUGAUCAAAGUUAGUAGACUUACUGCCGUAGGUACUUCGUAGUGACCAGCCGCUGUAUCGAGAUUAUGUUCGUGGUGAAUAGUAUUGAGCAAGUUGCCAGCUGUAGUGUCGCGGACGGCCGCGAGCCGUGCCGCGUUAGUUAAUACGAGAUCUAGUCCUUAUGUUAAUAGUUAAUAAGUCGGUUUUCAAGUAAAUUUUUAAACAUGUGCUUAGUGCGUUGAAACAUUUGAGCCAAUUGAAUGAUGAAAGCAACUGUCGAUACCUAUCGAGUAUGUUGUCUUCACACUUCAGAUGCAACCUAAUAAAUUUCACAAUCACUGUAAUUAUUUCAAGUUUCUAUAUGACGAUAAUAAAUACCACUUACAUCGUACAAAACAUAUGC